AUGUCACUGCUUCUGGUCCUUUUCCUGCUGCAGCUGCCUCCAAAUGCCAGCAAGAAUGUCAACUCUGGGUGUGACUGGAAGACCAAGGUUGAAAAUAUCUUUCCUGUAAUUCAAAAGGAUAUCGUCAUUGGUGACUUUGUCUCUUUUGUUAUGUCUGCAUUACAAGAGAUUUCCUUUGACAGACUUCCACAUAAGGCGAUAAGUGCCUUCAUUGUGCCGAAAAAAGUCCAGCAGUAUUUUGCAUUUGAAUUUGCCCUUAAGGAGAUAAAUGAAAACACUCACCUAUUAUCCAAUGCCACAUUGGGUCAACGGAUGGUUCAAAAGACUUACAAUGAAAUGGGAACAUGUUCUGGGACUAUGAGUCUCCUUUUCACAGGAGAUGGGAAUCCUCCAAACUAUCUCUGCAAGAGGAAGUACAAGCUAAUGGCCAUCAUUGGAGGGCUCUCCUCUCACAAUUCUAGGCAGAUGCCUCACAUCUUGAAUAUCUAUAAGAUGGCCCAGCUCACUUAUGGCUCCUUUGAACUUGCAUUGAAAGAUAAAGUUCAGUUCCCUUCUGUCUACCGAAUGCUCCCAAAUGAAAAUGUUCAAUACAUUGCAAUUGUUAAGCUGCUGAAGCACUUUGCAUGGACCUGGAUUGGCCUCAUUGUUUCCGAUGAUGACAAUGGGGAGGUUCUAUUGAGGACACUCAUUCCUCAGCUACUCAAAAGCAGCAUUUGUUUUGCCUACAAAGAAAUUAUUCCAAAAGUGAAAGAGAACUGGAUAAGAUUAAUGGAAGAAACAGGGAAAAUCCAUAAUAAAGUGUCAAGAAUACAUUUCGUUCUUUCAUCUAUUGAUACCAAUGUGAUUCUUGUUCAUGGAGACUCAUCAUCUAUGGAAGUCUUGCAACUGAUCCUAGAUUUCAAAGAAUUUGAUGAAAUGAAGCCAACAGAGAAGGUUUGGAUCAUGACAACUCAGUGGGAUUUUACCUCUACAUUAUUCAGUGAAUCUUUCACCCCCAAAACCUUUAACGGCACUCUGUCCUUUGCAUUGCCUACAAAAGAGAUCGAAGGCUAUGUACAGUAUCUGACCACAAUAAAUCCAACUGAAAGUAAUGAUUAUGUUGCAGGUAUCCUUUGGGCCAGUGCUUUUGAGUGUUCAUUCCCCCAAUAUAAUUUGUAUAAACACUAUACAACCAACUGUACUGGGGAAGAGAGCUUGAGCAGCCUGCCUAAAUCUCUCUUUGAAAUGAGAAUGUCUGAUCAGAGUUACAGUAUCUACAAUGCUGUUUAUGUUAUAGUACAUGCACUUCAUGCCAUGUUUUCUUCAAGUUCAAAGCAUAAAGCAUGGAGAGAUGGCAGGACAUGGAACUUUAAGAAAGUCCACCCCUGGCAGCUUCAUUCUUUCCUGAAACGCAUCCGUUUCAACAAUAGUGCUGGAGAGGAAAUAUUUUUUGAUGAGAAUGGGGAACUGGCAAUUGGAUAUGAUAUAAUCAAUACAGUCACCUUCCCCAAUCGGUCCAUGAAGAGAGUCCGCAUUGGAUGGACUGACCCUCGAGCUCCGGAAGGGAGAGACUUCAUUAUUCAGCAAAACUCCAUUUUGUGGAACCAGAAUUUUAUUGAGAAGCCUCCCAAAUCCAGAUGUGUUGAUGGCUGCCAUCCUGGACAGAGCAAGGCAAUGCGUGAGGGGAAAGAGAUUUGUUGUUAUGACUGUCCACAGUGUCCUGAAGGAAUGAUUUCAAAGCAGACAGAUGCAGAAAAGUGCAACAUGUGUGCAGAUGAUCAGCAUCCAAACAAGAAUCAAGAUCAGUGCAUUCCCAAAUAUGUAAACUACAUGUCCUUUGAAGAGCCCUUGGGAAUGGUUUUGGUUUCUUUGGUUAUUCUCUUUUCCUUGCUGACCCUUCUGAUGAUGUGUAUCUUCAUUCAGUACAAGAAUACUCCCAUCAUUAAAGCCAAUAACUGGGCCAUUACUUGUAUCCUCCUCUUCUCUUUGCUCCUUUGCUUUCUCUGCUCUUUGCUUUUUAUCGGCAAGCCUGGGAUUGUGUCUUGUAUUCUACGACAAACAUUGUUUGCCAUUGUUUUUUCUAUAGCUGUUUCUUCAGUUUUAGCCAAAACUCUCACAGUGAUUCUAGCCUUCAUGGCCACCAAACCAGGAAACAGGAUGAGAACAUGCUUAGGAAAACAUUUGGCAGUCUCUGUCAUUAUUCUUGCAUCUCUUACUCAAACUCUCAUUUGUGUUAUGUGGCUGGCCCUCUCUCCCCCAUUCCCAGAAUGGGACAUGCAAUCCCAUGUCGAUCAGAUCAUAGUGCAAUGCAACGAAGGCUCAGAUGUGAUGUUCUACAUUGUCCUCAGCUACAUGGGACUUCUGGCCUUUGUCAGUUUCACUGUUGCUUUCUUUGCCAGGAAGUUGCCUGAUACAUUUAAUGAAGCCAAACUGAUCACCUUCAGCAUGUUGGUCUUUUGCAGUGUUUGGGUGUCUUUUGUCCCCACUUACCUGAGCACCAAAGGGAAAUACAUGGUGGCUGUGGAGAUCUUCUCCAUCUUGGCCUCUAGUUCUGGAUUGCUGGGUUUCAUUUUUCUUCCUAAGAUCUACAUUGUUUUAUUGAGACCUGAUCUGAAUGCCAGAGACCAGUUGGUGAGGAAAAAAAAUCCCAGUACUUAA